AUGACUCCGACACUUCCUAUAGGAAACGUUCGAACUGUCAACUGGUCUUCUGCUCAAAGCGGCAUAAAAUCAAUUCCCGCCCUAAAUGUCUUGAAUGUUACUUUGGAAGAUGAAAAUAGCAUCAAGAUACAGGUUGCAUCUCCAAAGGGAUCUAAUAAACUGCGGGUCAAAACCAUCGAAUUAGUAGCAGCCGAUGCCGAAAAGGCUAAAGAAUGGGUACCGUUAGUAAAUAGGGCCGCAUACAAAGAUUCCAAGAGAGGCAAGCGUUUCAAAGUGAUCAUCAACCCGUUCAGCGGCACUGGUAAAGCAUCGGAAACAUUUCAUAAGGAAGUAAAGCCACUGUUCGAAGCUGCUGGAUGCACAUGGGAUAUCACGUUUACUGAAAAAAAAAAUCAUGCUAAAGAAAUAGCACAAACGCUGGCGCUUAGCAUGUACGAUGCCAUAGUCGCCGUAAGUGGUGACGGGAUUGUGCAUGAACUAAUUAACGGCUUGUUAUCGAGACCAGACGCAGCCGAAAUUACGACUCCCAUUGGAUGUAUCCCGGGUGGCAGUGGAAAUGGCAUAUCGGUUUCUCUCACCGGAAAUAAAUAUGGAUACAGUGCUUCAUAUUCUGCUUUGGGCGUCAUAAAAGGCAAACCGUUCAAAAUGGAUAUCUGCUCAAUAACUCAAGGAAAUAACCGCUACUUCAGCUUUAUUUCCCAGACUUAUGGCAUUGUGGCUGAUUGUGAUCUGGGCACAGAGCAUCUUAGAUGGAUGGGUGAUCUGCGCUUUACUUGGGGUGCACUCAAGUGCAUCCUUCAAGGCAAACGCUAUAGCUGUGAAAUAGCCGUAAAGAUUGAACAAGACAAUCUCCAAACAAUCAAAGAAUCGUAUCGUAAUUCACAACAGAACUCUAAUGCUGCCGGACCACCGGCAAACGACACUAUUUCGGGAUCUAUUGCAGACACUUACGGUUCCGUCAAUGAUGAAAAAGUACCGGAUGAUUGGGUUACUUAUAAUGAAGAUGUUUGGAUGAUUUAUGCUGGAAAGAUCCCAUAUGUGGCGAGGGACAUGUGCUGUUUUCCUUGCGCUUCACCAAAUGACGGACUGUUGGAUCUAAUGCUUGCGUUUAAAAAGAAUGUUAGUCGAACCAAGGCAAUUAAAUUCAUGGGAUUAAUGGAAACUGGAAAACAUAUCGAUGCCAAGGAGAUGAUUUACUGCAAAGUAAAGGCAUUCCGUUUAACUCCUAAGACUAUCGCAAACACAUACAUAUCAGUUGAUGGAGAAAGUGAACCUGUGGAGCCAAUCCAAGUUGAAGUUCAUUCUCAAUUGAUUACUUUUUUGUCGUUGACGGGUCGGUAUGCUCCAGUUAAAAUAUAA